UCGAUGCGCCGCGGCUAUGGCGUCUCGCAGGUAUCCCAUGGAUUGAUCCGGCAGCAGCAACAAAGAGUGGCUUUUCAUUUGCGAUCGCGAUCAUCGAUCGUCUCCACCAGGGGCUCGAUCCUUCUUCCUUCGUGUUCAUCGAUGAUCACAUUCACGAUUUCCUGUGAGUGAUUCCUCUUCUUCUUGUUUCGUAGUGAUAGUAAUGUUUCGAUCUGAUCCAUGAACAAAAAAAAAAAAAAAAAUUCCUUCAACGACUAAUCGAGCGUUUAGUUCGCGGGUGGUUUGAACAGAUGUAUCCUACGACUGAGAGUGAUCCACAUUGGUCUAAGAGAUUCCGUUGAAGAAACCGGCAGUUGAGGUGCUGUCCUCCCCACUUGAAACCCCGCGAGAAAGGCUGCUCGGUGCCUUGGCGAUGGGAACGAUCUGAGCGCUCUCUCGUUGGUACUCUGGAUAUAGCUCUUGACGGCUGCUUAGCUGAUACUGUUUCCCUCGGACAGCUUUCAGAAAUGCUCGUCUGGGAUAUCCCGCAGAGAUGACUAUUCCGGAUUAUCCAGCCCAGGAGUCGCUCCCUUCCAUCCCUUUUGAGGACUCCAAUGUUCGUGUCGCGGUGCGAGCGAGACCACUUAUCGAGAAAGAGGUCGUCGAUAAGUGCCAGGAAUGCGUCUCCUAUUCCGCUGAUGGAAGGGAGGUCGUGCUUGGAAAGGAUAGAAGAUUCACGUUUGACCAUGUGUUUUGUCCAACGACAGCUCAAGAAGAGGUGUACAGAGUUUGUGUCAAGCCGCUAGUCGAAAGCUGCGUUGCCGGGUACAAUGCAACAGUCAUUGCUUACGGCCAAACGGGGUCUGGCAAGACGCAUACAAUGGGAAGUGCAACCAAUCCAGUUUCUGGUGAAGAAGAUUUGGGAAUUCUUCCCCGUGCUAUUCGUCAGCUUUAUGAAAGUAUCGAGGAAAGGAAACACGAAGCACAGUUUGAUGUUAAAUGCUGUUUUGUGGAGAUCUAUAACGAGGAGAUUAAGGACCUGCUUCAUCCAGACACUCCCUCGAAAUCAAUCUCGAUCAGGGAAGAUGCAAAUGGUGACAUCAUUCUUGCUGGGGUGAAAGAUGAAGCAGUCUUCACCUACGAGGACAUGAUGAGGUGUCUGGAACAGGGUUCAGCAUUUCGAACAACAGGGAGUACACUCAUGAAUCAGCUCUCUAGUCGAUCACACGCGAUUUUCACCAUGAACAUUGAGCAGCAAUCGCUUCAAACAUUGAAUGGACACGAAAUUAUCAGUGCUAAAUUCCACUUGGUAGAUUUGGCUGGUUCAGAGCGUGCAAAAAGGACUGGAGCCGUAGGCAUGCGUUUCAAAGAAUCGGUAACUAUCAACUGCGGGCUUUUAGCUCUUGGGAACGUUAUCAGUGCCUUGGGAGAUGAACGCAAGCGGGGACAACAUGUUCCAUAUAGAGAAUCAAAAUUAACACGAAUCUUGCAGGACUCUUUAGGUGGUAACAGCAAGACAUGCAUGAUCGCUUGCAUUAGUACAGCGGAUGUCAACUUUGAAGAGACCCUCAAUACUCUGAAGUACGCCAAUCGAGCUCGUAAUAUUCAGAACAAGCCUAUAAUUAACCGUGAUGCUCACUCGGUCCAGCUAAACCAGCUGCGGUCCGAAGUUAAGUUGCUUCAAGAAGAGCUUAUGAAAGCUCGAAUGCAAGGAAAUGGGGACGAUGCAUCUCCAUUUAUCCUCAAGGGCGAGUUACCAACAACCGAGCUGCAAAUGUUAAGACAAAAGAGUACAAAAGUGGAACAGGAAUUCCUGCAUUUGAAGAAGGAAUCUGAGGCUUCCAAAGUGCUACUGAAAAAACUGGAGUCGGAAACAUUGCAGUUGCGGGCUGAGAGCAGUGACUAUCAGUUGAAGUUGGAAGAGGUGUGCACUGAAAUGAGCUCUCUUCUUCAAGUGAUUCCUCAGUGGGAAAGUAACAAAGAUGUGACCACUGCUGCAAGAGUCUAUUUGCUGGAGAUGAUGAAGAGAAUACUAUGCGCCUUGGGCAGAGCUGAGAUGGCGACCAUUUCUCCAGAGGAAGCUGAACGAAGGCUGUCUCCUGUGAAAGAGUUACAGUCGACAGAUGUUGCCACUGAAACGGAGAUAACACCAAAGGUGGACGAUAGUGCCGACGUUCAGCUUUUAACCAAACAUUUAGAAACAAUUCGUUGCUUGGAGGAACAGCUUGCUGCAAGAGACAGAGACGUCCAGGCUAAAACGGAAGAAAUUAUUGAAGCGAAAGAGGACCUUGCUCGGGACGAGCAUAUAUUCACCGAGAAGAUGAAAGAAAUGCAAGCGUUAAAGAAACUCGCGAGAGACUUCCGCAAAGAAAAGGAGGAGCUUCUGCAGCGAGCUGAGGCAGAUGCUACCAACAUCACCCGCUUAUCUGAAGAGGUUGCUGCAAAAGAUAACGAGAUCACUGAUCUUAAGGCUCUUCAAGCUUCAAGCCAGGAAGCAACAGUAAAUUCCUGCGAAGAAGUUCAAGCCAAUGAACCACUAGACGCACAGAAGAUUGAAGCAUCGAAUGAAAACGGCGAGGUUGAUCAGAAGGAAGAGGUGAUAAUCGAGGAGAAAACGGAGGCUGAUUCGGUGCACAAGGAAAUCGAGACCCAAAUAGUUGAACUUCAGGCGGAGAUAAAGAAGAAAGAAGAAGAGGCGAAGUCCGUCAAGAGAGAACUGGACGCGCUAGACAGAGCUUCUGCCAUAGGUAGAAACGGGAAGAAGCAGCUUCACGAAGAGCUGGAACAGCACCUUAAGAAACUCACGUUUAACCUGAAAUUCUUGAAGAAGCAGCGCUGGCAGCUUGAAUCUCAGCAACUAGAGCAGCAGAAAGUAAAAGCUGACGAGAAGGUACAGCAUCUUCAGCACCAGGUCACCCGAAUGAGAGCUCAGCAAGACUCGCUAAAGAAAAAAAUCAAGGACACAACCGAGAAGUUCGAGGAUCGACAGCGCAGACCAGAGCAAACUAAAGAGGAUGAAACAGGAGAGCUCGUGAAGAUCAACGGGCACGCGCCUGAUCCGUCAGAGCAAGACGAGCGGAACAAGAUUUACGAGCAAGGCGGUGAGACGUUACUCACCAAUCUUGAGGAAAUAUUUGGAAGACUCAACCACCAAAGUGAAGUGCUGGAUCAAAAUGGCAAUGCCGAGGAGCCUCGGGAUAAGGAAAACGAGGAAUACAAGAACAUAAAUGACAACCUCCGGCUAAAGCUUCAACGGGUUAUAUCCUCAUGGUAUGCUGAGAAGCAGGCCGUGGAACAAACACUCCAGAGCGAACGGCUGGCUUGGGAGGCAAGAGUGAACCAACACGAGCAGCUGGAGCGCGAUCACAAAGCUCUCCGGGAAGAGCUGGAGAACACGAGAUCGCUCAUGCACAAGGCGGGGCUGGGGAUCAGGCUCUCGUCCCGGAGCGUCCGAGAGAUCAGCGAUGGCGACGUGGAUCUCAGGACCUCCGUCUCGUUGCCGCCCUCUAGAGGUAGCUAGCUUCUUAGCUUUUGCAGCUGGUUUCAGAUAUUCAAAUUCAAAUGACGUAUAUUCGGGGGAA